UAAAAUAUGACAUAUAUUAUACGUCGUCGUUGUCACCAAACACAGUUCACUUUCUGCAAGUUAAGGAUUCUCUCAAGUUUCAGCUUCAGUAAUGGAGAGCAAGAAACACAUGCGCAAGCUCCUCCCGCUUAACCAAGCCCGUGUUGGUGACCGAACAACCCUCCAAAAUGCCACGUCAGCAUCACCAUCUUCAUCAUCGUCUACGUCAUCAUCGUCACCUUCUUCGUCACUCGACUCCUCCGUAGCUCUCACUUUAUUCGUCCUCUUGAUUGCUCUCUUCUUCAUGGCUUUCUUCUCCGUCUUCAUCCGUCACUUCGCCGACGACGACAACGACGACGACGACAACGACGACGACGAUCCAACGGCUGAUAAUAUUUCUUCUUCCAUCCACAGAAGAAGAUUGUCGCCGCCACGUGGGAGGAGAGGACUUGAUUCUCAAGCCGUUAGAUCACUGCCGGUGUACCGUUAUACGACAGAAGCGAAGCAGAGGAUCGAAGAUUGCGUUAUCUGCUUGAGUGACUUCGAAGAAGGUGAAACAGUUAAGGUGUUACCGCAUUGUGGUCACGUGUUCCACGUGGAUUGCGUUGACACGUGGCUUAGCUCACACGUAUCUUGCCCUUUCUGCCGGAGCAGCCAGGUGUUACCGGAUCAGGGCUCCGUAGGGAGCAGCUGCAGAUCGACGGUGGGAGAUCAUGACACGUGUGAUGGUGGUGUGGGCCCUUGUAUGAGGAGGUGUAGUAGCUGUUCGAGUUUGGGUCAGAGAACUGGUCUGGACCGGUCGUUGAGCCUCUGACAUGUGUGAGUUAUAUCGGUUCAUUUUUUCUCUCUUUUUAUUUUUAUUUUUUAUUUGAUAAGUUUUUUGUGGG